CGCCCCCUUAGCUACCCAGUCAUGGCUUCCCCUGCAAACAUUCUUGUUGCCUUAUUCCUGGCCUUUGCCAUCGUCAUCGGAAGCUCCUCUGCUCAACUCUCUACUAAUUUCUAUGAUUCUCGUUGUCCCGGCAUUUUUGCCGCAGUCAGAGCUCAGGUCAAGGGCGCUGUGGCCAGAGAACCCAGAAUGGGCGCAUCGCUUCUCCGCUUAUUCUUCCACGACUGCUUUGUCAAUGGGUGUGAUGGCUCAAUUCUGUUAGAUGACACGGCGACGUUUACUGGAGAGAAGAAUGCAGCUCCCAACAGGAAUUCUGCUAGAGGAUUUGAAGUGAUCGACGCCAUUAAGGCGUCUGUGGAGCGGAUCUGCCCAGGAAUUGUGUCGUGUGCAGACGUCUUAGCCAUAAGUGCUAGGGACUCCGUUGUUGCAUUGGGAGGGCCUAGCUGGAAUGUCAAGGUUGGAAGAAGGGACGCCAGGACAGCGAGCCAAGCCGCUGCGAAUACUAGCAUCCCUGCCCCCACAUUUGAUCUCAAUCGUCUCAUUUCCAGCUUCCAAGCUCAAGGACUUUCUGUCAAAGACUUAGUUGCACUGUCAGGGGCUCACACCAUUGGACAGGCAAGGUGCACCACCUUCAGGGCUCGCAUUUACAAUGAGACCAACAUAGACGGCUUCUUUUCAAGGAACAGACAGGCGAGGUGCCCCCGCAUAUCAGGGUCAGGGGACAACAACCUGGCACCCCUUGAUAUACAGACACCUACAUCCUUCGACAACGGCUACUUCAAGAACCUUGUCAGUAAGAGGGGACUCCUCCACUCCGACCAGCAGCUCUUCAACGGUGGAUCUACGGAUUCACUGGUCAGGUCCUACAGCCAGAGCAGCAGCACCUUCAAUGCAGACUUUGUUGCAGCCAUGAUCAGGAUGGGAGACAUCAAGCCCCUCACUGGCAACAAUGGUGAAAUCAGGAAGAACUGCAGGAGGGUCAACUAAGAAGCCUUGAAUUCAAUUGGUUAUAGAACUCCAACUAAGAAUAAUAUUUGUUUCAGUUAGUUAUAGAAUAUUGUCUAGUUUUUUGGAUGUGUGAAUCGUUUGUAAGGAUUUAUUUUCGACUUUCUGUUAUUGUAUAACAUUAUUCAGCUUCCGAAUAUGCCAAUUGUGUGCAAGGAACCAUACCGUUUUGGCUUUAUUGCCAUUUUUUAAUGUUAGUGAGCCUUUCCAGGACUCAGGUAUGUGACCGGCAAUUUUUUGCUCCAUAAGAAUGUAUAAUUAACCUGUUUGAAGAGUU